AUGGAUUUUUGGUCUCGCCUGGUUGGCGGUUCCCGCACUGCCUCGAAAACCCCUCGGACGAGCACCCCCGUUGAGCGAUUGACGGCGUUCAAAAGAUCCUGCAAUACUCUUCAACAAAUUUGGCGCACUAGCAAUUCCCCGUCUAACGAGUUGGCUGCUACGGCUCAUGCUCGGGCCUGUGUCGAUCGUCUAAAUCAUGUCCUAAGCGAGGAAUCGAGAGGCCCUGCACCGCAUCCAUGUCUUUCAUAUGCGUCUACGUCGCAGAUAUUCGUGACAGUGACGAAACUGGCUUUAACCUAUCGAGAUGAGGGAUUGGUACGACUAUCAGCAGUAUUCUUCAACACGUUGAUUGAUGCGGAGCUGGACGGUAUCGUCGAUAAUCGGGUAUUCUCGCGAGCUUUGAUCGACCUCGUUCGAAGGAACUUACUGCAUACAAAUGACGUGGAUGCACGCCUGGUCGAGCUGCUCUUCGGCGUCGCCAAUAAUAUUCGUUUGCGACCAAAUAUUCUGACGGCUUGGUUUAUUCCAAAACAAGCCCAAUUGCCAGAGAGGGAACUAGAAGAGGAGGAGCAGUUUGCCGGUGUCACACGGAAGGAUGAUUUCCCACUCUUCUAUCUUCUAGUAGAAUAUGUUCAUCGUGAAGGCCGAACAGGCGAUUUUGCCCGUACCGGUCUGUUAUACCUUAUUGAAACCGCGACCCGAUCCAAGAUACUCGAGAAAUGGUUGAUUGAAAGUGAUCUGGCCACGCUGAUGGCGACUGGCUUGGGUGCAUUGUACAGUCAGCUUAGCAGAGAUUUUUAUCCUACUUUCAUUGAAGGCAAUGUUCCUACCAUUAUAGCUCUUUCGGAUGAAAAUGAUUUUCAACGAGACACCGAGCCGUUGAUACGCCCUGAUGUUGAAUCCUUCAUAUCAUACCUGCUCUUCUGGCAAGACACAGUUGACCAUUGUCAGUCGAAAGAAGUCAACGAUACACUCCUAGAUCACUUCGAGGUCUUGUUCUUAGAACAGCUUCUCUAUCCGUCCUUAUUGGAGUCCUCAGAUGUCAAGGGUGGAUCAACCUCCGCGGUGCUAACGUACUUGUGCCGAUUGUUGGAGUCUAUUGACCAGCCCAAACUUAUUCACCGCACUCUUCAAUUUCUGAUGGCGGCUCCUACACAUGCUGAACCGGUUAUAGAAGUGUCUCAAAGCUUGCAUUAUAAGAAUUUGUCUCUAAGUCGGCGCAAGUCUUUGGACGUGCUGGCUACUUUGACUGAAGCCGAGGAUCAAAGGCUAUCCCCGUCACUAUUUAAUCUUUCCGAUUUAAUAUUGAUGAGCAUAAAGUCACGGAAUAAGGAGACCGUUGUAGCCACACUACGCUUACUAACAGUCAUAGUGCGAAGACAUCAUUCUUUUGCGGAGUCAUUAAUCAAAACAAAAGAGUCCGUAUCGGGACCACGACGCACCGUGGGUGCUCUCAAUGAGGAGCUUCAAAGAUACCUGUCGUUCGCAACCCGCAUUGUCAAUGACCCAUCCUUGAAUGAUUCUUUUGAACAAUACUCAAAGGAUGCCACACUUAUUCUUGAAUCCCGUCUUUUCAUACCAUCUCCAAGGAGCAGUACACUAGAUGGGCCGACUGACCAACCACUCGACAUUUGUCUGGAUGAUGCAAUCUUUAAGGAGAUUCUGAAUCUGUUGAAUAAUUUCUUCUCGAACAGUGUCAAUGUGAAUCUUGGAUUGACUGGACUUAUUACCAGUCUUGCUUCUUCCAAUUUGAUUUCUCUUAAUGGAUGGCUCUUAGUCGACCCGUCUAACUACGAAUACAAAACGGAGUUCUCCCCUUCGCCAGAACAAGAUUCUGCCUUUUUGGAUGACGACAUCCCGAGAGUCGAAGCUGGUGAUCGUGUUCCUCUCGAUCCUCUAGCAGCUAUCAGGCAAAGUCUGUCGGCACCAAGCUGGUCAGAUGACCACGAAACACCGAUUGCAAAAUCUCUACAAAAAUUGGCUGGCCACCUUGAAAACUGGAGAAAAGAAAUUCCAGAUUUUGACGAUUUGGUCGCAGCACGUCGCAACUUGCUGCACAGUGAUGGUGCAAGAACCGAGCGGUCAAUUCCUUCGUCCCGCCAAACCUCCCAGCCUCCAAACUCGCGUUUCACAGAGGCGCCCCUUUCCCCGCGUGACCGGCCAAUCAGUGCUGCUGCAUCAGGUUCUUUACCACGUAGUGCUGUCGGCUCUCCAAUUAGCGAAUCAUCCAUUAGGUCUCCCGGAUCCCCGACGCCGUCGCAACGCACUCUGCCAGUAGAAGAUAGCCGUCACAAAGUCUCCGGUUCGUAUCAAGCUGAUCAACGCACAGAAAGCUCAACAAUCACCGAUGUGGGAAGCGAGCCGAUUGUUGAAAAUGAGGCAAUCAUUCCAGAGAAUGACCAUGAAGGACUACACAACCCGUCACUGGCCAAGAAUGAGGAGGCGGUCACCCUGGGUCAUAUUCUUACCAAUGUUGUCAUUUUGUAUGAGUUCAUACUAGAGCUCUCAGCGAUGAUUCAGAUCAGAGCCACUUUAUUCGAGGAGGCAGGUUAUGAUUAA